GCAACACGUAUGUCUCACUGGUAUUGUCGGGGGUGGGUGGGGCUUUUUGCUGGCCUAUGUGGUAUAUAUUAAGGGUCGAAAUUUAAGCUUGACAGUUCAGACUUCGGUUCUUGAGGAGUAAACACCUUACAGUAUUUCCCACUCGGAAUUUCAAUCUGCGAAAAGGAAAAUGUCCUUUUUCUCCGGGUCCUCGUCCCUGUCAUCAGCUUCUUCCUCGUCAAGGUCGGCAGCUGUUUUCUCAUCCCUGCCGGCAGCUACUCCACCGUCAAAGGAGGACAAAGCUCACAACCUUAAGGUUCUGAAGAGUUUGUCCCCAGGAGACAGAGUGGAGUUCAAGAGAGGCGUGUUUUCUCACUGGGGUUUGUAUAUCG